GUUAAUAUUCUCGCAAGUCGCACCGAUUGAUUUCUGAAGUUGCAAGUCAAAGUCACAAAAUGUGGACGUAAAUAAGAGUAAAAUACUGUUUCUUGUUUUACUUAUCCCAUGCUUGAUUAAUUAGAGGGUAAAGAAAACAUGUUUAAAGCUGUGUUAAUUGCUCAACGUGAACUUUAUGUAUGUGUUAGUUUGUAUUUUUGUGUAGGAGAUGACAAACCAAUUGCGUUGGUACGUAAUUGUGUCUCAGGUAAAAGGAAACGUGAUUUGAUCGAUUUGACGUUGCUCCUACCCUUUUUUUUUUUUUUGAGCAACUGUUGCUCCUACCCUCAUGCCUCAAAUUCGAAGUCAUUGUCUACUUCAAAAUUUAUUGCUCCUUUUCGUUUUUAGCUUAAAACUUUUAGCAAAUGAUCAAGUCCACACUAUUAAUUUGAAUUUUAGAACGGUAAAUUAAAGGAAAAUGAAGACUCCUUUCAUACUGUUUAAAUUUAUUGCUUAAAUUCAGAAAUCAUUUAAUAUUGUAAUGCUUUUAGGCAAAAGCCAAAGCUUUUUGAUUCAAAAGCAAGUCAUCCACAAGCUUUGUUUGCCACCACUUCUCUACUUUUAAAUAUUCUUGCUCUCGUAUUUUUUUUUAGAUUAUACAAGGAAAAAAGUUUCUCAGCUACACCAUGUUUAGUAUAAUAUGGUGCAAACCAUCUAGAGUUUAGAAUUGUGUCGAAACCUACACGAUGUAUAUGAUAAAUACAUGCCACAUAUACGACGUUAAUAAAAAUAUGAUGCCAACAUCAUAACGAGGUUUAAUUGAUUUUAGUUAAAAUAAUUGGGGUCAGCUCGUAAUUAAGUAAAGUUAAACUCCAAUUAACAAAACCCGACCCGAACCAAACGAAAAAUCCGACCCAGACUUAACCAUUUUCCCCAAAUCGAUUUCAUUUAGAAAUUUAGGGUUCCAAACAAGAAAAAAAUUGGGAGUUUCGAAAAGAGAGUGAGAGAUUCGUCAGAGACAAAGAGAGAUUGCAGAGACAGAGAGAGAGAUCGAUUCAGUUUCGGCGAAAUCGAAUCCGGAUGUGGUAAUUGAAGAAACAAGGCGACAAUGAGUGAUUCAAUAUCGGUGAAGAUUAAUUGUUUUCACUCGGGUGUGUUCAAAACUGAAGAUGGGAAGCUAAAUUAUGUUGAUGGUCUUUUGGAGCAGUUUGAAGUCGAUGGUGAUGCGGCUUAUGAAGAAUGUAGGAAGAUCAUUGGUAAGAUAAUUACAAUGGGGAGAAUGUGGUACAAGUUACCAUUUGAGGAUAUAUCAGAGAAGAAGGAGUUGCUUGAAAAUGACGAAAAAACCAAAAAGAAGAUGAUUUCUAAUGGUCGUUGGUACGAGGAGCUUGAUGUCUUCAUAGAGACACCUGAAACUGAUGUUCUUACUGGUGAUGGUGCCGUGGUGGAAGCAGUGACUGGGCACGAACCUGUUGAUGGUGACGAGUCUGAUGCUGAGCAACAAGGUGAUAAUUCUGAUGGUGAUCAUGAAGCAGGAGAGAGUGAAGAUGAGUAUCAAGCGAGUGAUGAAUCUGAUAAAGAAGAGGAUAUUGACAGAAACUUUGAAGAGGAUCUUAAGAUGUUUAGGGAUGAGAACUAUGAGGAUGAGAAUCUAGACGAGGAUGAAGUAUAUCCUGACACGGAGCAGUCAUCUGAUGAUGAAGAGGAACAAGCUGAGAGGAUGGCUAAUAGGGGUGAAUUAGAAGGCGUUUUUAGUCUUAGGCAGACCUUUUACAGCGGUGAAGAGUUCAAGAAGCAAGUGAUCAUAUAUAUUCUGAAGACGAGAAGAAAUGUGGUCUAUGACAGAUGGGAAAAGACAAAGAUUGGUGCUAAAUGUAGUGGUAAAGGUUGUGUGUGGCGUAUAUACUGCUCAGUAGAGAGACCCAUCAAGAAAUGGAUGGUGAAAGUGUAUGUUAACACACAUACUUGCCAUCCCACGGGUAAGUGUAAACUCAUCAAAAGCCCUGCCAUUGCUGAAGUUAUGUUGGAGAAAAUCAGGAAGGAACCUGAAAUGAGUGCUCCAAUGAUUAGAGAAGAGUUUAGGGAUAAGUACAACAUCAUUAUCUCUCCCGAGCAGGCAAAGAUUGCAAGGCGUAUUGUUCUUGAUAAGCUACAGGCUGAAUGCAAUGAACAUUUUGCAAGGCUAAGGGACUAUGAGAUGGAACUAUUACGUUCAAAUCCUGAUAGCAAAAUUGAGAUCAAUACAACAACGAAGUCAAAUGGAGCGAAAGCAUUCCACUCCAUGUAUAUCUGCUUUGACAAAAUUCGUGUGGCAUGGAAGGAGUAUUGCAGGCCGGUUAUUGGAUUAGAUGGGACAUUCCUCAAGCACAGCUCUCUGCAAGGGCUGAUUCUUACUGCGAUAGGAAGGGAUCCAAAUAACCAGAUAUACCCAAUAGCAUGGGCUGUGGUCGACUCUGAGAGCAAUGAUAAUUGGCAAUGGUUUAUUCACAGGUUGAAGAUUGAUUUGGGUUUAGGCGUGGGUGAUCUUGUGACAAUCAUAUCAGAUCAGCAUAAGGGAUUGAUUCAUGGAGUUGCUGUUGAGUUGCCAAGAGCUGAACAUAGAGCUUGUGCUAGGCACAUCUACUCUAAUCUGAAGAAGAAUCACAAGUCUGAUACACUGAAGCCUCUCUUCUGGCGCAUUGCAAGUAGCUACAACGAGGGUGAUUAUGAGAGGAGUUUGGACGUUUUCAAAAAGUUUGAUCCGUUAGCAGCUGAAGACCUUGGAUGUUAA